UGCAGUGAAGAAAAAGACUUUCACAAGUUGAUGAAAUGACUUCUCGUCGUCGACAAUCGUUGUUUUCUGUUGAAUACUCUCUUCUUGAUCACGGUAUCGCAGUUUUGUGUCACAGCGAUGAACCGAAAAGCAAACAUCAAGCAAUUAAUAAAUCAGUGAAGACUACACAUAGCAACAAGCAAAAUGAAAAAGUACUUUUUAAACACGACAUAGUUCGAAAUCUUGCAAGAGAAGUUCUUGAAUAUCAUCUAAAUGGCAUGGAAUAUAGAAGAAAAGAGAGUGACGACCUGUGCAAAGAGAUUAUCACUGAUAUUCAAAAAAAGAUGGCAGUCCUAAACUAUGAACGUUAUAAGGUAGUUUGCACGUGUAUUUUGAGUUCUAUUGAUAAGCCUCCAAUGUUUUUAGAAAGUCGUUUAUUAUGGAAUAGCAAAUUGACAUGCGUAGAUAGCGAUUCCUAUGUGGAUUUUGUUUUCAAAAAUGAAGAGUUCUACGCCAUUGUGACAAUAUUUGCCAUUUACAGUCAAAGCGAUCCUGGGUGGACUAACAGAACGCUUUUUUCCAAUCUUGAUGAGCCUGGAUUAUUUUGUCGACUGGAGAUAAGUAAUGGGACGGUGAGACCUAACAUAACAAAAGAUGCAACACUGAAUAUGAAUCGCGCGUAUAAUAGUCGACGCUCCUCAUUAAGCGAAGGUGGAAGUCACCAGCAGGAUAGAAGGCUGUCAAUUGCUACAUCAGGGGAUACGCACGGCACAAAUCUUAUUAAAUGUGGUUCAACAACACGUCAUACAUCGACUUUACUUGACAACCAUCCUGUAUCUCUUUCGGUAUUAUACUCGAAGUUUGCAAAUACGUACCAAAUGGAACCUGAUCAGAAGUUUAAACCAGCCGAUAUUUCAAACCUGGUCUAUAACGUCUUAGAAGAAAGAUUGGACAAUACGAAAUAUGAUCCUGAAAAAUGUAGACAUUUAGUUGUAUCUCUUGCAAAUGAAAUCCGACAUAGAGUAAAACAAAUGGGUUUUGCACGAUACAAGAUAGUAUGCACUGUGGAUAUGGGAUCCAUUGCAGAGCAAGGUGUAAGAGUCGCUAGUCGAUGUCUUUGGGACAAGGUUCAGGAUAACUUAGGAACAGCCACGUAUAAAAACGAAAGUUUGUUUGCUGUUGGGACAGUAUUUGGCAUUUAUUAUGAAUAACUUCAUUGUUUAUUCCACUCGUAGGUACUUGCAGGACCGUGUAAAACAAGUUUAGGUUAAUGGAGCCAUCUUCAUGUUAAGUAACGACUUUUCGUGUACACGUAAGAUACUUUUCAAUGAUGUUUGAAUUGAGAUCACAAGGAGUACGGGGCUGGGGCAAUUAGUACUAAAAUAACCGCUGUGCAGCAAUAUCUGAGCUAAAAUUAGUACAACAAAAACAUAACGGCGCAGGAUUGACGAACGUUUUAAUGGUUUUGUUUUUAUUUCAAAGGCUAGCUAUUGCUUUUUGGAACAACAAAAACCCUUCCCACAGCGUUAAGUAGGUUGGAAACUGAUAAAUUAAUGGUAUUUCUUUUUAGACGCUUAGUUAUUGCAAUAUGUUUUGUAUACAAAGAAAGUAAAAUCGUGCUUUAACUAUAUUUCUGAAAAUCACCACUAGGUAGUGCAGAAGUGCUUGAAAAUACAACUGGAACAAAAGUCAAUAUCCUUAAUAACUAAAUACUCCGUAAUCACAUCAAUCAUACUUUUAUCCACCAGUAAACGUAUAAAUGAUGUAACUUUUGAUGUUCUUUGAUGAAAAUGACACUAUCAUUUACACAACAUUAAAAAGUCAUUAGAACACCAUAA